UGGCCUGUCCGCGGCAGGUGGACUAUGGCGGCCCUUCCUUUCUCCGUGGAGUGGUACGCCCGAUGGUUUCCUUUGACGCAGACGGGCAUUUGGAAGGUGUGGCUAUGUGACUUCUGGCUGCUACUGCUGGGUUCCGGUUUGAACGCGAAUCUUUUGCCUGACGAGGAGGACGUAAGGUUUAUCAAUGAGUACGUGAACCUCCACAAUGAGCUCCGGGGCAACGUCUUGCCCCGAGGGGCUAACAUGCGCUUCAUGACUUGGGAUGUAGCUUUGUCACGGACUGCUAGAGCUUGGGGGAAAAAAUGUGUGUUUGAGCGUAAUACUCAUUUAGAAGAACUAUACAUGGCCCAUCCUAAAUUUAAUGGUAUUGGUGAAAAUAUAUGGGUCGGCCCUGAAAAUGAAUUUACUGCAAGUAUUGCUAUCAGAAGUUGGUUUGAGCAGAGGAAAAAGUACAAUUUUGAAAGGAACAGUUGCUCUGAUAACUGUUCUAACUAUCUACAGCUUGUUUGGGACAGGUCUUACAAAGUUGGUUGUGCUGUUACUCUAUGUUCAAGUAUUGGACGCAUUAAACAGGCAGCACUCUUCAUAUGCAACUAUGCACCGGGAGGAGGUCUGUCAAGAAGGCCUUAUCAACGAGGAUUAAUGUGUUCUCAAUGUGACGGCUAUGACAGAUGCACAGAUUUUCUAUGCAGCAAUGCAGAUCGUGACCAAGCCAUAUAUUACCGAUAUUGGUAUCCAAGAUGGGAAGUACCCCGGCCAAUUGUGUGUGAUCCGCUAUGCUUAUUGGUUUUAUUUGUGAGAGUGCUGUGCUUUUCAGUCAGUACAUGUAUUUUGUAA